CAACAUUUCUCUGAUGAAACUGAAAGUUAGUCAGAGUGACUGUAGAGCUGAAGUCGAGACAAGUCUCUCUCUCUCUCUCCAUAAGUUAAAAUUCAAGCGUUCAUCAGGCCUUUCUCCACAGCAUAGCAGUGUCUCUGACAAACACUGAUAUGGCUGCAGCCAACUGUCUGCUAUCUGAAGAUCAGUUCCUGUGCUCCAUCUGUCUGGAUGUGUUCACUGAUCCAGUCACCACAUCAUGUGGACACAACUUCUGUAAAACCUGCAUCACUGAACACUGGAAUGUGAAUGUCCUGUGGAAGUGUCCCAUGUGUAAAAAGGUUUUUACCACAAAACCAGAACUGCACAUCAACACUUUUAUCUCUGAGAUGGUUGCUCAGUUCAGAGAGGAAGCUGAACAGAAAGCCAGCAGCAGCAGCUCAGAGCAACAAGUGUCCGAACCAGGAGAAGUUCCCUGUGACGUCUGCACUGGAACCAAACUGAAGGCCCUGAAGUCCUGCCUGGAUUGUCUGACCUCCUACUGUGAGACUCACCUGGAGCCUCAUCUGACUGUGUCAGGCCUGAAAAGACAUCAGCUGAUCGACCCUGUGGAGAACCUGGAAGGCAGGAUGUGUAUGAAGCACGAUAAACCUCUGGAGCUGUUCUGUAAGACCGACCAGACAUGUGUCUGCAUGCUCUGCCCUGUUUUAGAUCACAAGACACAUGAGUUUGUUCCUCUGAGAGAAGAAUAUGAAGAAAAGAAAGCAGAGCUGGGGAAGACAGAGGCUGAAAUUCAGCAGAUGAUCCAGAAGAGACAACUGAAGAUUCAGGAGCUCAAACGAUCAUUCAGCUUCAGCAAUGAAAAUGCAGAGAGAGAGAUAGCAGAAGGUGUUCGGGUAUUCACAACUCUGAUGCAGUCUGUUGAAAGAGGCCUGAAUGAGCUCAUUGACACAAUUGAAGAGAAGCAGAGAACGACACAGAAACAGACUGAAGACCUCGUCAAAGAGGUAGAACAAGAAAUCUCUGAGCUGAAGAAGAGAGGAGCUGAGGUGGUGCAGCUCUCACUCUCUGAAGACCACCUUCAGCUCCUCCAAUGCGCCCCAUCCCUGAUAGCAGCUCCCCCCACCAAAGACUGGACAGAGCUCAACGUCCACCCACUGUCAUACGAAGGGACUGUGGUGAGAGCUGCGUCUCAGUUGGAGGAGAAACUCAAUAAAGAGUUUACUGAGCUCCGUGUUUCUAAUCUGAUCAGGGUCCAGCGAUAUGCCAUAAACGUCACUCUUGAUCCUAAUACAGCACAUCCUGAACUCAACCUGUCUGAUGAUAGGAAACAAGUCAGUCAUUGUGAUGUAAAGAAGAAUCUCCCAGACAACCCAGAGAGAUUUUCUAAUUCUCUGUGUGUUUUAGGAAAGCAGAGUUUCUCUUCAGGCAGAUUUUACUGCGAGGUUCAAGUCGAAGGAAAGACUAAAUGGACUUUAGGAGUGAUCAGUGAGUCUAUAAACAGGAAAGAGAACACCCCCCCGCGGCCUCAGGAGGGUUACUGGACUAUAUGUUUGAGAAACAGAAAUGAGUACAAAGCUUUUGCUGAUCCCGAUGUCUAUCUCCGUCUGAAGUGGAGGCCUCAGAAGGUGGGGGUGUUUGUGGAUUACGAGGAGGGACUGGUCUCCUUUUAUGAUGUACAUACAGCAGCUCUUAUGCAUUGCUUUACUGGCUGCUCCUUCACAGAGAAACUUUAUCUGUACUUUGGUCCUUGCCCUAAUGAUGGCGGUAAAAACUCCGCCCCUCUGAUCAUCACUCCUAUCAAAAGAAACACUUAGACCAAUUACUUGACUUUGCAUGGUCAGUGUUAAAGGAGCAGUGUGUGGCAUCUGGUGGUGAACUGUAGAAAGAGGACCUGUUCCCUCUGUAGAUAAAAAUGUCUCAUAGUGAAAUGUUAUAUUCUGUUUCUGCUGUAUUCUGUAAAAAGAGCCCCCCUAUAUUUUACACAUUGGACCUUUAAGACAGAAAAUAUUCAUUGGUAAUGAUCGCUGUAUUUUCUCUUUUAAUGAAUUGAGAAUGAUUUGGUUGGUGAGUUGAACCCACUAAUGUGUCUGAUGAGUUGAAAUAUGUAUCAAGGAUGGACAUUAAGAAUAAAGCCAUUUUAUGUGAUUGCACAGAUUUUAUCUUAUGUUUGCAAAUAUGUCAUUCAAUAUAAGUUUCCAAGAGUUCCAAAACAUCAUGUAAUAAAUGUCCACAGAAACAAGACUCCAUUAUUUCUAUUGAGGUAUGUAUUCAUAUAGAACUUUAUAGAAUCAGUGAUUUUGCAUCAGUAAUCGUAUUUUUUUUAUAUCUUUAUGAAGAAAUAAAUUCAUAUGGAAAAAUCUUG